CGGGCGUCUGCGCCGGGACCGUCCGGGGGGUAGCCCCUCCCACGCUGCCCCCGCUGCGGACGGGCUUCCCCGCGGGGGCCCACGCGCGUUGCCGGGCAGCGCGAGGCCGGCUGCGGCCCACGGUGGGGGGCGUGAGGCCGAGGGAGAGGCCGAGAUGGAGCAGCAGGCCGAGGGGGGGUACGAGACGGCGCACUGGGCCGAGGGUUCCCCCGACCGCGCACCGGCGCCGUCCUUCAUGUACGACACGUGCAAGGAGACCCCAGGCGAGUUUCUACCCGUCCCCCGCACCCGCUCGACCCCCACGCUCACUCACCCCCGCGCCUGCCCGCCCGCACAAAACGGGACAUCGCGUACCGCUUGAGUCUGUGUUUUGCACGUUUUAGAAAUUAUACGUUUUGCAUUCGCGACGAGCUCACUCCCGCACUGUCCCCGUGCUUCACCCGUGGGAGUCUGUGCGAUGCAGGGUCGUUCGGCAGGACGUGCGAGUGGGGAUCGACCGACGAUGCUGACAAUGAAAGCAAUAUGAAGACGGAGACGGCGUCGUCGGCUCCAGGUGAACGAGCGGAGGGGACGACCAGGGUCCCGGCAUCUGAUACCGACGGUGCCGCUGGCGGAGGCGGUGGGGGUAGCGGAGAAGGCGGAGAAGACGGAAAAGACGGAGACGGUGGCGAGGAGACCGCGGGCGAGAUGGUGACGGCCACCGCGCUGGACGAGCACGACGUCCAGGGCGGCGCGUCCGGCUCGCGGCCCAGCGACAGCGGGAGCUCCGUGGACGAGAUGAACUCGGCCUUCCUGAGCCUGGACACGACGGCGGCGCUGGCGAGGGAGAGCACCUGGAAAGAGGAGGUGGAGUGGGAGGAAGGGGCGGCCGGCCAAGGGGCGGAGGAGGUUUCUUCCCACUGGCCGGCAGGCGACGCAGAGGAGGCUUCCUCGCGCGGCAAGCAGCCGCGCACGGUCUCCCCGAGCCACACGGCUGCUGCUCCUGCUGCUCCUGCUGCUGCUGCUGCUGCUUGUGGAGGAGGAGAACGAGGCCACGAUGGCGACGAUCAUAGGCCUGAGCGGACGUGGUCUGUGGUGGUCACCGAGGAGGGCAUCAGGGCUGGCGGCGCGACCCCCAGCCCGGCUCUGACCAGGGCCCCACAUGAGGCACAGCAGGACAGGGACAGCCUCGAGGAGGACAGCGACUCGGGGUGAGCGUCUGCGAGAUUCAUGGCGUAGUGAGCUUGCGAGCAGACAGACUCACAGCCUAUAACAAUACGUUCUACCAUUUCUGGAAAUCGAACGGGUGUUAGGGUGUUAAAACACCAAACAGAAUACUUUUAUAAGGAAUCCUGUCUGCAGUAUCCACACGUACUUAUGGUGAACAUGCAAACAAAAACCAUGCUCUGAUAACAAUAUAUGCAUUACCUUUGAAAC